UGGAAACCUACAGACUAUUCCUAACAGAGGGAAGAAAACUCUUAACGACUUGCAAACACUUCUUGUCAGAAUGCAGUUCCUACAGCUGCUGUCCAGGAAGUCGGGGAAACUGGAAAUGCUUUUUCAAAUCCCAUUCUGCCAAAAGCCAUUCCCAUACACGUGUCUGGCUACCUCUGCGUGUCUGUAUAGCAAAAAGAAAAAAGCAAAUGGGUAUGAACAAGUUGACCAAGAAAAAUACAAGAACUUGGUCUACUCUGUUACAUCUUAUAAAACCAGUGCCCAAACCCCAGAGACAAUAUUUGAAGAAGACAAUCUGUUAUAUGGGCCGCCAGGUAAACACAGACCUCCAGUUAAAGCUGGGACCAAAGCUCCCAAGAACUGGGUUCCUUUAAUAAACCCCAGCAAGAGAACUGUUCCUCUCAACAGGGAUUCAAACCUCCCCAUGAAAGUCGCCCUACAGAAAAACAAAAUGCCCAGUGUUACCCGUGUCCUUCAGCAAACCCUCUCACCACAGCAAGUCUUCUACCUAGAAAGAUGGAAGCAGAAAAUGAUACUGGAACUUGGAAAAGAUGGCUUUGAAGAGUAUACCAAAAACCUUUUCCUCCAAGGAGAGCUCUUCCAUUCAGCUUUGGAGUCUAUAUUCCUGUCUGAAGAGAUGGCAGCUAAGGAGCAGAGCGAAGACGAUUCUCUUUCCGGCUACUUAACGAGCGUGGAACAUGUCUUAAAAGACAUCAGUGAAGUGAAAGCUCUGGAAAGUGGAGUUCAUCACAAGACUUUGCAGUACCUGGGCCUGGUGGACUGUGUGGCCAAGUACCGAGGCCGAUUGUGUGUGAUUGACUGGAAGACUUCAGAGAAACCUAAGCCAUUUCUGAGGGAUACUUAUGACAACCCAUUGCAGGUUGCAGCAUAUAUUGGAGCCAUAAAUGAUGAUGCCAAUUACGACUUCCAGGUCAGCUGUGGACUCAUUGUGGUUGCCUACAAGAAUGGAUCCCCUGCACAUUCACAUUUCAUGGAUCCUGAUCUGUGCUCACAGUACUGGAAUAAGUGGCUUUUGCGCCUGGAAGAGUACAUGGAAAAAGCUGACUCAAACUAG